GAGUGCGCUGCGCUCUAAGGGAAGAAGUCGCUUGAACCCGCCGUCUUCGACGCGUAUCGAGAAUCCCGCGGUUUUGCUCGGGCGAGAAUCCGUCUCUUAUUCGUGGAGGGAUAAUCGUUUCAAAAGGUAAAACAUGUCUACCGGCGAGGAAGCUGGUCUGUCGGUGGCAGGGAGAGGCAUAAGAAAGCGAAGGGUGGGGAAAAAGAAAGGUGGAAAGGCGAAGAAGUUAAAGGCAUUACCGGGUUCUGCUGAGAAGGUUAAGAUCACAACGAAGAUGAAGAAGCUGUUUCAAAAGAGGGCACGAGAGUACAAUUCGGAUGACGAUGAUGAAAACGAUGAGCUUGAUGAUGCCAUGGAGCAUGAAGUUGGGGAUUCUUCAGGUGAUGAGAGAGAGGAUGAUGAAGACGAAGAUGAAGAUGAAGGUUUAGGCGAGGGCGAUUCUGAAGAAGAAGCAAAAGAAAAUGAAAAAAUACAGCCUGGGAUCACCAGGUUGGCUGAAGGAAGUAAGGGAUUCAGACUUGCGUUCAGGGCAAUUAUGAAGAAGAGCAAAGAAGAUGAUACACUGGGUCCUAUUCUCGCAGCAAAGAAGCAUCUUGUUGCAAAGAAACUGGCUGAAGAGGAGGCUGAAAGAAAGGUCAAGGGUCAGGCCAAAAGGGAAAAGCAUUUGGUUGCCGAGAAAGGGCAUGUGAAGCCUGCUAAUUAUCUGGAUUCCCAUGAGAAGUUUCUUAUAGGUGUUGCUACCAAAGGAGUGGUCAAACUAUUUAAUGCUGUAAACAAGGCUCAACAUGCUCAGAAGGGUCUGAAUCCUUCAAGGUCAAAAGACGCUAAAGCGUUAAAGAAGAGAAGAAAAGAAGCAUUCUUCUCGGAGUUGGGGAAGACAACAACAGCAGAGGCCAAGGCCAACUCUUCCAACUCCAACGGUAAUGAAGCUCCUGCGUGGGCUCCUCUACGUGAUAACUUCAUGUUGGCAAACCCAAAGCUGAAGGACUGGGAUAAGAAACAGGAUGCGACCCGAGCUGACGAUUUUGAUGGUGUUUCUGGGAAUGAAAGUGGUGAAGAAGACUAAGCAACAUGGAAAGAGUAUCAACCAAUUGGUAUGCCAUUUUUGUCUGCCGUCAAAUAGGGACCAGAAUCGUAGGUUUUUGUUGUAUGACUAGAACUUUUGUUUCAGACAGAUUACAGAUUCUUGUUCCUCGUAGUGCAACAAAAGACGAUAGAAAACAUUUUGCGUCUAAUAGCCUAAGUACAUCAGAGAAGAACAAAAUCCACUCAUGCCGUUUCUCUGACGCCAAAGAGAACAGAGCAUGAUGAUCUCUCUGGUGCAUGUAAUAAUGAACCAAACUUGACCUCUUCAGUGCCAAAGUUGCUUUCUUU